AUGCAACGGCAACAUGUUGUGGCAAGGAUAUUAGUACAAGAAGCAAAUAACCACAAGAAGGCUGCUGAAAAAGGGCCAGUGAAAAUACUAACUCAACCUAAAAAUCACAAAGGCAAUAUGAUGAAGGAAUUGAAGUCACAUAUUUGUGACUCGGAAGGAAGAUCAGAAAACUUAAAGAGUUUGGCCGAAACUACUGCUAAGAAAGUGGUCAUCUCAUCUGAAGUUAGCACUUUAGUGGUGAAGAAUUAUGCAAAGAGAUGGGUCAGAAAGCAAAAUGUUGAAUUCCCAUUAUGCUCAAAUGACAUGGACAAAAAUCUAAUGGAGAAAGACAUACUUGUUUCUUCAAUUGGCAAGUCUUCAAUGGUCAAAUUUGGAAUUAUGGGAGAAGUGAUGGUCAACAUGGUUGUCGUCCUGUCUUUAUCAUUUAGAUCUCGACCUGGUCAGGAGUGCAUCAUAGGAAAAGAUGGUCAUUUGGUUGGAAUCACAACCUUGAAGUUUGAUGGAUUAAGCGACCACAAUUUGGUUGGUGAUGUGGACAACAUCAGAUCCCGCGGCCAAAACAACACUAUUCUUCAUAUAGCGGCUAAAUCUGGGAAGCUAAGGCGACUUGAAGAAGAUGAUUAUCUGCUCCGUUUUCUUUACGAGCAAAACAAUGAAGGAAACACUCCACUUCACAUUGCAGCAAAGUUAGGGCAUUUGGAGACUGUAAGAAUUCUAGUGGAAAUGGCAAGAAAGAUAGAUGUUGAGCAAAACAAGAGGCUAUUGACCACAGAGAAUAAUGAAAAAGAUACAGCACUCCAUGAAGCUGUUCGCCAUAAUCACCUCGAGGUUGUCAAGUUACUAACUGAAGAAGACCCUGAUUUGGCGUCCAUAGUAAACGGCGAAGGAGACUCUCCUCUUUUCAUGGCGGUGGAUAGAUGCUUUUACCAAGUUGCCCUGCAUAUCCUAAGCAAUGCUCCAAAUUGUUCUUAUCAAGGAAGGAACGGCAUGAACGUCUUGCACGUAGCCGCCAUUCGCUCCAAAAAACGUCCUGUAACUUUAACUUCGGAAGAGUGGGAAUCACUGCUUGGUGUAAGGAUGCUCACUCAUUUACUGCGAAGAAGUCUCUCACGUAGACUUGACAUCGAAAAGACAGAAUUUGGGCUUCUGGUUCUGGAAAAUGUUCAGGCUUUAACACUAGAACAAGCUGAUGAUUUGGGGUGGACUCCUCUUCACUAUGCAGCACAUAUUGGCAACGAGGUGCUUGUUAAACAAUUUUUGAACAAAGAUAGGAAGAGACUUCCUUUCUUUAGGAACAUAGAAGGUAUGUCUGCCCUGCACAUUGCAGCAAAGAAAGGACAUGAUUCUGUCAUUAGAGUGCUAAUGGAAAGUUGUCCAGAAGUUUGUGAGUUGUUGGAUAACAACGGUCGGACAGCUCUUCAUAUUGCGGUGGAAAGUAGAAAGGAAAUGGCGGUGAAAUUUUUCCUAAAACAGGCCAUGGCAUUUCAGGAUCUUAUAAACCUGAAAGAUAAUAAAGGAAAUACAGCUUUGCAUGUAGCUGCUACUGUAGGAGAUUUCCACAUUUUAAGAAUUCUUACAAAUGACUCAAGAAUUGACAAAGGAGCUACAAACAAGGACAAACAGACAUUUGUUGACAUAAUCCUAUCAAACAAGGAGCUACACGAUACUGAAAUUUUGAAUAUCAUGGUGGGUUUGGAGAUAGAAAGUGUUUUACCACCACGUUCUGAACAGAAGGUGGAUACAAUAAAAACAAAUGAAGCAGAGAGUAAGAAAAAGAAAAAAGAUGAAAUACAAAUUGAAGAAGACGAAGCCGGCUGUCAACAGCAAACUAAUGAAGCAGAGAGUAAGGAAAAGAAAAAAGAUGAAACACAUGUUGAAGAAAACGAAGAAGCCGAUUGGAAACCGCUUCAAAAGAUGGUAAUGGUAUCAUUAGACAAGAAGAAGGAGGAUUUGAAAAAGAAGAUGAAGGAUUUCUCCAACCUCAAUUUAGUGGUAGCAACAAUCAUAGCUGCCGCCACUUUUGCGGCCGCUUUCGCAAUUCCCGGUGGUUACAACGACCAAGGGCUACCAGUUCUCUACAGAAGUAAAGAAUUCAAACGGUUUCUACGUUUGGAUGAAUUUGCUUUUGUUCUAUCAACUGUGUCCUUGUUGCUCAACUUUAUUCUCAUGCUAUGUAAAGAAAUAUUCGCAGUCACUUUAGUCCCAAUUGCUUUGGCAGCAUAUCUUACAGGGUUCUCACUUGUCAUGAUGGUUGUUGCUUUCGCCCAAGGUAUAACGGCAGUCAUCCCUCGUUCAGAAAACCACAACAUCUUCAAGAAGGACGCCUAUCUAACUGGCAGCACUCUUCGCUUCGUGUUUCUUUACUUCUUCCUCGUAGUUUUUUUACUUGCUCUAGCACUGGCCGGGUUAAACGCAACACCUAGAAGAUCUGAGCCUCGCACCAGUGUCAGAAGUCGUUUUGGACUCUGGAGUUGAAACAUUAUAUUUAAAUUUAAAUUGCAUAUCAAUGUUGGAACUCCGUUUGUAUUGUAUUAGCUGUGCUGGAUAUUGUUAAGUACUUCCAAUGAACCCCACUAUUAGUU